CUCAUCUGAUAUCUCGUGUGGCAGUUCCACAGAAAAGAUCAGGCGAAAGCCUCUUCUGCUGAACCUUCUUCAUGAAGCAGGUGCAUCAGGAGAAACUUUCACAUUGAAGGAGGUAAUGCAUUAUCUCGGCCAGUAUAUAAUGUUAAAGCAACUUUAUGAUAAACAGCAGCAGCAUAUAGUAUACUGCAGAAAUGAUCCACUGGGUAAAGUAUUUGAAGUCGAGAGCUUCUCUGUUAAAGUUCCCAGCCAAUUGUAUGAAAUGCUUUCAAGGAACCUAAUAGCUUUGAACUUUCACGAUUCUGCUCAGACUCGUACACUUGUAAAGGAAACGAAUUGCCUGCCUCUGAGGGAAGGACACCUGAAGUGCCUGACAGGAGAGCCGAGUGAAGAAGAAACUGUCUGCAUAGGUAUAGACACUGCCAUUGUAUCCGACUCCACUGAUGAUCUGUGGUUUCUGAAUGAACCCGUCCACGAUCAAGCCAACGUAGAAAUCAAAGAGGGAGCCAUUCAUCCUAAAAUACGUGACCGAGAGGGGGAGAAAGAGGAAGACAAGAACACAGAUCCCAAAGAGGUUAUUGAAGUUACGAUUUAUGAAGCUGGCGAGGGUCUGCCAUGUUCGGGGCAUGCCACCGACCCUGAAAUCUCAGAUAAUUCUUGGAAGUGCACCAAGUGUGGAGAGGACAAUCCUUCGCAGAAGCAGUAUUGCCUGCAGUGUUGGGCACUCCGCGGCGGGUGGCACCUUAAAUGCCCUGAGCUCACACGUUCCACAGCAGGCCCAUCAAUUACCAUUGCAGAGAACGAGCCGUAUGAAGAAUCAUUGGAUAGUCUCUCACAACCAUCCACUUCCGGCUUGUGGAGAAGUAGAGAGGAUCUUGACUCUGUGGGCAAAGGAGCAAAAACUGUAAAGAGACAAUGCGAGGAUUCCUUGCAAUCCAGAAGGCAACGUUUGGGACCCUGUCUUAUUCGUGGGGUCCGACCCAGAACUGGAAAUAUUAUCCAUAGAAAAUUGUAUAAACGUAAAAUGCCUUGUCCUGUCUGUGUGCAGCCGAUUAUUAUGGCCAUACAAACGUUUAUCGGGUAAUUAUCGUCUUUAGUUGUAAGUUCCUGUCGAACUGGCUGAAAUGCAUGUGAAGCAUAAAACUCUUCCAACGGUUGAUCAAUUGAUCAUUU